UUAGUGACGCGCGUGCGCUCUGGUUAAAUACAAAACUGGUUGCGAAGGGGCAGCAGAGAGAACUGGGUAUCAGUAUAAACUGUAGGACUACCGGAUGUACAGUUACUUAUCGAGGUCUCCAAAACCAGAUUAUUUUCCAGAACUAAUAAUAAAAAAAAAACACUUGGAACAAGUUAUGGACGAAGGAAUGCCUCGUCUGCAAGAAAGACAGCUACACCGCGCACAUUUUUUGGGGGUGGACUAUUCUUCGCUUUACAUGUGUAAAUCAAAGAGAGGUAUGAAAAGAGACGAAAGCAAGGAAGCCUACAAGCUACCACACAGACUGAUAGAAAAGAAGAGGCGUGACAGGAUAAAUGAAUGUAUCGCCCAGUUGAAAGAUUUGUUGCCUGAGCACCUGAAACUGACGACACUCGGACAUUUGGAGAAAGCAGUCGUUCUAGAAUUAACUUUGAAGCACUUAAAAUCUUUAACUGCUGCAUCAGAGCAACAGCACCAGAAGAUCAUCGCGUUACAAAAUGGGGAUCGCUCUAUGAAAUCGUCCAUUCAGACUGAUUUGGAUGCGUUCCAUUCUGGCUUUCAAACCUGUGCCAAAGAAGUCCUGCAGUACCUUAACAGGUUUGAGAACUGGACUCCUAGGGAGCAGAGAUGUGCGCAACUCAUCAGCCAUUUGCACAAAGUUUCUGCCCAGCUCCUGCCCAGCGCACAGCUUCUGUCUCAGCAGAUCUCUGCCCACGUCCAAGAUCAUAGCAGCCAAAAACUGGAAACACAAACAAACUGUGUUCCCGUUAUUCAGAGGACUCACAAUGGGGAGCUGAAUGAAAACGACACAGACACCGACAGUGGGUAUGGCGGUGAAGCUGAGAAAUGUGAAGGAAAACAUAAUAACAAAUACAACAGCGGGAAGCCCCAAGGACUGAAAAACGUGCGAGUAAAGCAAGAGUUUGGAGAGGAUCAUCCUGCCAAAAAGAUUAAAAUGGAAUCCUCAGGAACUGCAAGCGUUAAUCCUGAUCCGGCCAGCAGACCCGACAUGUCUUUGAUUAACUCUUUGGUGGGACUUGGAGGUGUUCCUUUCGGACAGCAAACGCCUUUUUGUCUGCCUUUCUAUUUUAUUUCUCCCUCCGCUGCUGCAACGUACAUGCCUUUUUUGGAUAAGGCAAAUCUCGAGAAAUAUUUUUACCCAGCAGCAGCGGCGACGGCGGCAGCAGCAGCAACAUCCCCGUUUCCAUUGAUGUACCCCAGAAUCCCAGCACAAACAGCUGCAGCAGCAGCUGCUGUUUUCCCGGGGUUAUCUGCAUCCCUGACGCCGGAUAAAGUGUGCGCGUCCUCGGCUAUGUUAUCACAGAAAGUAGUAUCCUCUCCAUCUCCGAGCUUUGAAAGCGCCAUGGGAGCAGGAUCGUCGUCAUCCGCAAAACAUGAACUGAAUGUUGACAGUGAAAGCCCACCUGAAUCAGACAAUGACGAAACUUAAUGUAUACCUCAUGUCAUUACACAAUUAACAGAAGUGCUUAUAAACUACCAUUUAAGUAACGUUAUUCCUCAUGGGUCUACAAUGUGUACAUUAACUACGUUUUGCAGUUUCCCGUUUAAUUUUAAAAGGUUUUAUUUAAGAGGACAGACUAAAAAUAUAUAUUUUUAGAUCAUCCAUUUUAAACAAUAUUUACCAAUAGUUUGUUUACAUUUUUAGAUCAUUAUGUUAAAUUAGUGUCAACCAUGUUGGACCCUAUAUCAUGAACAUUUAUGUACAUUUUUAAAUAGAUUAGUUGGCCUAAGAACAAAGUUUCUUAAAUACAUUUAAACAAUCUGUAGAGAUGUUCAAAUAGUGAACGUGCUUAAUGGGAGCAGGUCAUAAUUUGUACCUAUAGGUAUUUUAAAAAUAAACUACUUAUAUCAGCACCUUAUUGGACUUUUACUAUUGAAUGUAUUAGGUAUUGUACUGGUUAUAUUUUGUAAAAAAAAAAAAAAAAAAAAAAAAAAAAAAAAAAAAAAAAAAGUUCCAGGUGUUUGCUUCUUUGCAAGGUAAAGUGCACUUUUUCAGGCUUCUUUGAGAUUCCGUGUGUACCCCUGAAAUGUGUGGUAAUCGUGUGCACUCUUUCCCUGUAUAAUAAAUAGUACUCAUGCACUGAACCUUAAAUAUAAUUCUAUUUUUCCUUUAAAAAAAUAAAAAUAAACAGGUCUUGUACUGUUGGGGGAAAGAAAGGACAUAUUAAACAGCGUAGAUUUUGGUAAGAUGUAUUGGUUGUGUGGCCGAUUUUUGAUCAUGCUUUAUUUAGUUUUACAGAUAUAAAUCAUUGCUUGGGUUACUUAGGAUAAUCUCCUAAGUGGGAUAUAAAUGUAUCCCCAGCAGCAGUGAGAGUGCUUGCACUAGAAUGUUAUGUAAGAGAGGGUAUGCAGUCUGACAAAGACUAUAUAAAGUUUCUGUAUAUAAAUAUAUUGCUCUUGUCAUGCCUUUUAUAUCUAAUGCUGCUCUUCGUGCUGUUUGCCUCAAAUGCUGCAUUUAAACAAUUACAGAUCUGACUAAACAGAGACUCGUUUGUGUGUAAAUAGUUUGUGGGGAAAAAAAUGUGUGUGUGUGUCCCCAAUAUACUAUUGUUGUAGGAUACAUUUUUUUUUAUUUUUAAAGAACUAAACAGAGCAGUGUUGCACUUUUUGUUAGUGCUUUAGCUUGUGCUGUCCUAAAUAACAAAAAAAGGAAUAAAAUAAUAAAAUAUCAUCAGCAAGAUACCAAGCUGUUGAAUACCGAGUCUGAUUAUUUGUAAUUGCAUGACACUGAUUCCUUUAGCCCUGAAGAAAUUGUGUAGUAAGAUUUGUGUUUUCUGUGGCCCUUAACUGAACAGUACAAACAUGUAACUCAAUUGUUCCCUCUGUGACAAUGGUGUAACAAUCAUGUACAACUCUCUGUAGUACAUUGUGUUUGCAAGCCAGUUUAUUGAAAAAUAACACAGAGAAAUGGGUCGUUUUCUGAAAGAAGCAUUCAAACCCAGCUUCAGGGUAUUUUUAUUCUAAUCCUCAUAUUGUUCAUGUAUCAAACUUGCGAGUGGGUGGUCCAGGGAAACCCUUCAUAAAAAAUACAACGGCUGCACUAACUCGACACAACAACAUAUGUGUUCUUCCCUAUUGUUUCAUAGUGCGUAUUAUGUUUACUUUGAAAGUAAACAAUAAUUUGUCUAUUCAGGUUCAGCCUUUUAACAUCUAACCUUUGCAGGCUGAGGUCCAACACCUUUGGUUUCAUGCUGAUGGUAUAUUUUACUACCAGUUUCACCGGAAGGGAAUACUUCAAAACAGUGGCUGCAAAUUCAUAUUCAUUUAAUAGAAUUUCAUAGGCAGGACACUUA